AAAGCGGACACCAACAGAGAGGGCAGAGGUCUCCCAAGAUGGCGGCGCCCCAAGCGGGAGGCCUGCGAAGACGCUGAUGGCGGGGGCGGCGUGGAGAGGAGUGUGCGUGUGGGCGCGGCGCGUGGGGCCGCUGUCGCCAGGGCGCGCGGGCCCGUUGCUAAGGACGCAUUGGACCGCAGCUGAGAAGUCUCGGAGCCGACGGGAGGCAGCCGAGGCCGAGGCCCAAGUCCCCGUGUUCCAGUACGUGGGCGAGCGAGCUCGUCGCGCGGACCGUAUCUUCACGUGGGGCUUCUCGUAUACGGGCGCGCUGGGCGUGCCCAGCUUCGUGCAGCCCAGCGCCGACGGGCCCGCCGCCGGCCGCAAGCCCCGCGCCAUCCAGCCGGUGCCCUACCGCCUGGAGCUGGACGCCCGGAUUUCGUCUGCCGCCUGUGGCUAUGGAUUCACGCUGCUGUCCUCCCAGACCCAGGACGUCACCAAAGUCUGGGGCAUGGGCCUCAAUAAGGAUUCCCAGCUGGGCUUUCACAGCAGCCGGAAGAACAAGGGCCGGGGAUAUGAAUACGUCUUGGAGCCAUCCCCGGUGCCGCUGCCUCUGGACAGACCGCAGGAGACCCGGGUGCUGCAGGUUGCCUGUGGAAGAGCCCACUCCCUGAUCCUGACGGACAAGGAAGGAGUCCUCAGCAUGGGAAACAAUUCCUACGGGCAGUGCGGAAGAGCCGUGGUUGAGAACGAGGUUUACAGUGAGAGUCACCAAGUGCACAGGAUGCGAGACUUUGAUGGACGGGUGGUGCAGGUUGUCUGUGGCCAAGACCACAGUCUGUUCCUAACGGAUAAAGGCGAGGUCUACUCUUGCGGAUGGGGCGCAGAUGGGCAAACAGGUCUGGGUCACUACAGCAUCACCAGCAGGCCCACCAAGGUUGGCGGAGCCAUUGCCGGAGUGAAUAUAAUACAGGUGGCCACCUACGGAGACUUCUGUCUCGCCGUGUCUGCCGACGGGGACCUCUUUGGCUGGGGCAACUCGGAAUACCUGCAACUGGCUUCCAUCACCGAGGCCACCCAGGUGAAUGUCCCCACACACUUGCCCUUUUCUGGGAUCGGGAAGGUCAAACAGGCGGCUUGUGGCGGAACUGGCAGUGCCGUCUUAAACGACGAAGGAAAUGUCUAUGUCUGGGGAUACGGGAUUCUUGGGAAAGGGCCAAACCUCAUGGAAACUGCGCUCCCAGAAAUGAUCCCGCCUACCCUCUUUGGCUUGUCGGAUUUCAGUCCAGAUGUCCGGGUUUCCCACAUUUGCUGCGGACUCAGCCAGUUUGCCGCACUUACCAACAAAGGAGAGCUGUUUGUGUGGGGUAAGAACAUCCGAGGCUGCCUGGGAAUUGGCCGCCUGGAAGAUCAGUACUUCCCGUGGAGGGUGACGAUGCCAGGGGAGCCGGUCCAAGUGGCCUGUGGUGUGGACCAUAUGGUGACUCUGGCUAAAUCAUUCAUCUAAGCCUGCUGCCUCCGCCAGGUUCCAAGAACAUGGCCCCCCAGCCCUCACCUCUCUCGGAGACAAAUCGGCCCCGCCCUCUUUGAGGAUCAGCUGCUCUGGGCCCCCGGAACCUUUGGACAGCAACUGACUCAUUAGGAGACAGGAGGUGGUUGCAGCCUCCUCGGUGUGUGUCUGCACGUAUGUGUGUGUCUGCACAUGUGUGUGAGUGUUGGGGGUGAGGCUGUGGCCCCCCACCUUCCUUUCUCUCAGGGUAGUGUUCAGGCCAGCCCCCUCCAUGCUGAGGGCCGUGUGGCAUGGGUGUCCAGCUCUGUGCGGCCCUCCCCGGGAGCAGGGCGCUGGGCGGCUGUGCAAACAACAGCCCUCCGAUGAUGGAGAGGGAAGCAGGGCCGGUGGCACCUGGUGUCCCCACUGGUAUUUUUCAACUCUUAUCAAAUAAAAUGACAGCUUUCUCUGGGCGCAGCGGCACGUUCCCUUAUGCGGGCUGGUCAGGCAGAAACUGGCUGGGGGUGGGGCAAAGGAUCGGCCUUUGAACCUCCGGAGUGUAUUUGAUCAGUAAGAGAUGACCCAGCAGAAUUCAUGGUUGACUUGGGGUUCCCAUGGCCCCCUGGUGAUGGUUUGGGCUUCUAGAGCCAUGCUGUCCUCUGCUGUUACUUCAUUUGUGUCUGAGCUGGCAUCCCUGGUGCCUCUGUGGGGCCCGCCCUGACCUAGCUGUGGGUGGACUGCCCAGGCCCCUCCUGUGCUGCCUUGUUCUGCUGAGAGACAGGGAGAGAUUGGAUUGUGAGCUUGAGCCUGGAGGGGAAGCUUAGGUUUUGAUACUGCUCUUAGGGGUCCCUGCUGCUACUGCUGUUCAGGAGCCCAGUUAACUGGCCCCCAGGAGGACAGCUCCUUAUAUCCCAAUGCUGGGCUGCAUUAUCACCAAAUCUCCUUGGGCCAAAGGUUUCAAGUGCGGUCAGCCUAGCUCUAGAGAGGAAAAAUCUACCCCAGAACGUCUUUCCGGAAAGCAUUUCACUGAGUGCGCCUGUAAAGAAGCUCUUUCUUUUAAAAACUCACUUUUUGAAUAAAGCAGAAUGUGUCUUUUGUUAGUCCCUCACUGGGACCCAGCCCACAAUUGUCCCCAGCACCAGAGAGCACCUGGAAUUCACUUGGUGUUUGGAGAAUGGUCUUUAAUGUUAAAACCUCACACUAGAGGCACACAUUUGGGGUUCUAAUGAGAGAAAAUGAAACGCAUUUUAUAAUUCCCUCCACCUUCUCUGAACAGUGGCUCCUCCCCGCAGUGCAGCCCUGGGAAAGGUUAAUGGCAGGGCAGCUAGUUGGUGCAGUGGAUAAAGCACCAGCCCUGGAUUCAGGAGGACCUGAGUUCAACUCCAGCCUCAGACACUUGACACUUACUAGCUGUGUGACCCUGGGCAAGUCACUUAACCCUCAUUGCCCCACCCCAUAACCCCUAAAUUUAAAAGGUUAAUGGCAAGAAAGCCAUUGAUGCCAACCAGGGAGCCCAGGCUCUGGCCGGCAGCUCUUCUAGUGUUGGUUUGUGAACCAGCUUGUCUUGGUUAUGCCAUGUGCGAUGAGGCUCCUCAAUAAGAGGGGACACCGUGUGUGCCCCCACUGCACAAACAAAAACCACCUCCUGAGUUCUCUUUGUUCCAGGGCGGGGCAGGAAGUUGGAGAUUCCAGUUUGCUUCAAGUCGCUGCCAGUGGCCACUGGCUGGAUUGUGUGAGACAGACAGCAGGGGUCCUAGCCUCAAGCUCCUCUUUCCACCAACCUUUAUUAAUGAUGUGCCAGACCCUGGGGGUACACAGAUGAAAAGGGAACAGUCCCUGUCCUUAAGGAGUUCCCAUUCUAUCAGUCCACCAGCAUUUAUUCAGUGCCUACCGAAGUACUUUGUUGGGCAAUGGGUAGACAGACAAAAAGGGAACAGUCUCACCUACUUUGUGUGAGACACUGGAGAGCCAAAGCAUCCACUGAUACCUUCCCAACAUCCAUUCCUUUUGGCUGGAAUCUAAAACUCCAGAUGACUUGGUGUCGUGUCUCCUCCUUUGAGCCAGGCACAGGGUCUCAAGCAGAGAGGGACCCCAACAACUAUCUAGUCUUCCCGAUAAGUAAACCAAGACCUGGGGAAGUAGAAUGACUUGCCCAGGGUUACACAAGGAGCCAGUCACAGAACUGGCUAGAUGACCUCAAAUUCCCUCCAGCAGUGCCUCCAUUGACCACCUACCUUGAUUUGGCGCUUCUUUGGGCCUCUAUCAUGCCCCUGUGCUGGGCACCUCCCCUUCUUCCUCUGCUACCCCCCUUUUCAGUUUCCUUUUGUGUGUUGUCUUUCAUUAGAUUGCAGGCUUCUUGACAGGAACUAUCGUUUCUGUUUGUAUCCUGGGCACCACAGUGCCUGGCACAUAGUAGGUACUUGAUAAAAGUUUACUGAUAGCCCUGACUUUCUGUGGUCUUUAGGGAUUCACCAGACUGCAUAAAACACCUUUUACUGAUCCGAAAAGUCCCUAAAACUCCCACCAUGUCUUUUCUUAGAUUUCUGAUUUUUAUCAUUGCUUACAGAGGAGAAGCCAUUCUGUCCCCUUGACCCACUUUUAUGGUGAAACAAAAGCCAAAUGUGUGUCUAUAGGCUACAGGAUUCCAUUGCUGAAAUGAUCAGUGUUUGAGUUAACAUUUUAAGAAAUGUGCUCAAUAGCUCAUGGUUUAUGUGGGCAUUUCCAUAUGUACAUACAGUGGGCAUAUGCCAACUGUAAUCAAUUGAUAUAGCCCCGGUCAGUAGUGGUGGCCCAUGAGAUGAUUCGUCGUGGCAUUCACAGCAAGUCCAAUUAAUAGCAAAGAAAAAAGAUGUAGAAACACCCAGAUCAGUUGGCCACCUCAGCCCUGCUUUAUCUAGAAGCUGUCACAAAAGCCUGGCUAGGGGAGUGGCAUUGUGGGGGGAGGGGCAUAACGAGAGGAGGCAUCAGUCUUUGCCUCUGCCUUUACUUAGAGCAGAGAUUCUGAAAUUCUAUAGAUUAGAAACCAUGUUCCACUAUAAUUGUUUUCCUUGGUAAUAUUGUGUAUUUUAUGCAUUCUGAGAAAGGGGUGCUUUUGAGCUUCACUAGACAGCCAAAGGGGGUCUAUGACACCCCCAGAAGGUUGAGAAACCCUGACCUAAAAGGGGCUGGCUUCACCACCUAAAUAAGCUGAGAGUACCAAAACCUCUCAGCCCAUUUCAUGCUGUGCCCCUUUAAAAGCAAUAGUCAGAGCUGUUGGCUUCUGGUGCCUUACAGAGGUCUUAAGGACUGGUUAUCAUCUUCAGCGUUCUGUGGGAGAACUGUGGUGAGAGGGACAGAGCAUUUAUUAAGCACUUGGUGGGGGAAGUUGCUGCUGGUGACUGUUAAACUCACAUUUGUUUGUGCCAAUCCCCAGGAGUAUUAAUAUGUUGGCAUUAUCCAAGAUACAUUGUCUGCAUGCUGGGUGAAGCCUACUAGCUCGAAAACUCCACAAAGGUGCAUAUGUGUGUAUGUAUGUAUGUAUAUCAAAUCCAUCCAUUAUUCUCUUUCUGUGCUAUGAAGCCUGCUAACACUCUGCAAAAGCAAGGGGCUGUCUCAUUUAAAUCUUUUGUGUUUGUAUUUAUAUCAUUCAUCUAUUAUUCUUUCUUUUUUUCUUUCUUUCUACCUACUUACACCUACCUAUGUGUACUGUGAAGCCUACUAGCUCAAAAACUCCACAAAGGUAAGGGCCAUGUCAUAUGUGUAUGUAUAUGUAUACACACAUAUCUCUAGGUAGAGAUGUAAUGUAUAUCUAGGGGUGUGCUGGCACCAACUCUUAAAGAGCCUAUUGAAUUUUCAGUGUGAGCAUUUACAUCUUAGAAAUCUGCAAAGUCUAUGAACCAGGGUUUGUUGUGUUAGUUAUACAUACAUGUGUGUGUACACACAACAGUGCCUAUCACAGGAAAAGAAAUUUUUGAAGGGUGGAAAAAUUUGUCAAUCAUGUUCCCUAUACACGUACCUCUGUCCACUCUUCCUCCUGAACUCUGGGUUUAUUUGUGGGAGUGUACCCUGUACUUUUGGAGGGGUAUGUGUGUGUGUGAAUAAUUUGUAAUUACUGUAGUGACAUUUGAGUAAAUGCUUUUCCUAAAAA